AUGCUGAGGGGAACUACAGUCAUCUACGACUUCAAUCCCGAUAUCCUCUCGCAGAUUCAAGCCGCGCAAAGGCGAGACCAAGAAGAGCAGAACCGAUACAGCAGCUUGAUCACCCUCGGUGCUCUGCAAGCCAACCACUCGGGCGACAGCAGAACAAGAACACAAAGGUCAUCCGCCGGCCCGCCGACGUCGACGCGGGGCUCUGGUGGAAACACAGCGACAUCCUCCUCAUCAUCGGCCGCCUCGUGGUCAGAAUACCUCUUCACCACCCCUGCGGCUGCCAUCGAAAGCCCAGCAAUCCACGAGCCACGCUCACAGUCAAGGCGGCACAGCAUCUUGCACGCCCCCGCCCCACGCUCCACCUCCACGCCGCCCAGUGCUUCUUCGCGGAACCACAGCCACAACCUUCUUCAUCGUAUUCUACCUUCGGGCAGGACACAUAGUAGAGGCUCCAUUUACGCGAGCGAAGGCCAGCAUUACUUUCCCAUCGACGAGGAGACUGGCGAAUACAUUCUCCCUCCCGAACUCGACGCCCGUCCGCCCCUUCCCUUACCCUUGUCCCGAGGCACGCUUGGCCCCGGUGCCAGCACAGAUACCCUCCACGACUCAUCUGUCCCUCCUUCUCUCAUCGCAACCGACGAAUCCCGUCUACCCGAGGCCAUCAUAGAAGCCGCCAUGUCUCGCCACGACCGCCCCCUCCACAUUGCCCUGCCCGCGAAUGGGGCGUCUUACAGCCCUCCCGGCUCACUUGUUAGCACCCCGCCGGGCCAGCAACCGGGUGCAAUGGCUACGUCGCCCGCAUCUCCCAGGCAUUCGUUUCUGGGCUUCAUGCGCACUAGGGGCAGAUCAGUCACGAUGGAGCAACGUGCGGCCGCGGUUCCCAGCAAUGGCAACUCGCAGACGACCACGUCGGCGUCAUUAGACGCGGCUGCCAAAGGCGCCGGGGCAAGAGAGCAGAGCGCACCGGGGCGUGCUGAGGCGUCGACCGGGGGAGCCGUGACCCGGACUGUCAGCACCCCGCUGAGCGGAACAAACCCCUCCUCAUCCUCCGCCCGAUCCAACCCUCCCAACAAUGCCUCAUCUUCAUCCAACUCUUCCCCUGCUCCCGCUUUUCCAGACCCCGGCUCCAAUGCUCGCCCCGACAUCAAGACAUUCCGUAUCCGUCUAGUCCCCCACCUCGAAUCCCGCCGUUCUUUGCCCUUCGAACCCGUCAUCCGGGAGAUGUACCCUGUCGCUGUCACUGGUCGCCCGGGUACCACCCCGAUAGAGGCAGGGAGCCGAGUAGCCGAUACAGGGUCCAUGAGUACCGUAGGCGGUGCAGGAAGAGCGACUGUGAGAGGCAAGCCCGUAGCGCUGGUGCUCAAGAUCGGCCGAUUUACGGAGCGGGGCGAUAGGUUGCCUGUACCCCAACCCGCUUCCAGCGCGGGGGCCAACGGGGGAUGGGGCGGAAUGGGGGGAAUUGGAGGGGAGGGUACACUGAAUCCGGACAUUCCGCACUCGGCCCCCGCAAACUUGAGUAUCGCAGGGGGUGGUGGGGAUAUGACGAGUGGGAAGGCAGCGUUCAGAAGCAAGGUCGUCAGUAGAAGUCAUGCGGAGAUCUGGUGCGAGGAAGGCGGCAAAUUCUGGAUCAGAGACACCAAGAGUAGCUCCGGGACGUUCUUGAACCACAUCCGACUGUCGAGCCCCAAUGCCGAAUCUCGCCCCAUGAUGAUCAAAGACGGGGAUAUACUUCAGCUUGGUGUCGACUAUCAAGGAGGCACAGAAGAGAUGUUCAAAUGUGUCAAGAUGAGCGUGGAGAUAGGGCGGGAGUGGCAAAGAGGUGCCAACGAGUUCAACACGAAUGCUCUGAAGCAGAUAAAGGCUUUGGGCGGCGGAGACUUGGCCGUCCUAGAGACUCCCAAGGGGGCUGCCACGCCGGGGAAGAAGCAGAAGGCUAGUGUCACCGACUGUUGCAUCUGUCUGUUCUCAGUCACAGUCUGUCAAUCUUUAUUCAUUGCACCGUGUUCGCAUGUCUUCCACUACAAGUGUAUCCGACCGUUAUUGAUGCGGCAUUAUCCCGGAUUCUCAUGUCCGCUUUGUCGUACAUUUGCCAAUCUGGAGGAAGACGUCGAGACGGAAGACGCCUGGGAGAUUGCCUCUCGCCGCGCAUCCGUCAUCUCUCGCAGACCGUCCAACCACUCCAUCAUCCCAUCAGCUGCCGCUGCCGUCAACGCUGCUCCACCCAUACCCGCUGGGCCUCCCACAGAAAACGGCACUAGCACAGGCUUGGUCACUGGUUCUCAAAGCUCGGCUGCCGUCAACGAACUCUUACCGCCUACCGGAAAUGAGACACUGAGUCCGGUCGCUACCUUGACCAGACAAGAAACGGUCGUGGCGGAACCCGAUCCACCUCUGACCAACAGUCCGUUCGAGGUUGGCCCCGCCAUAGCAACCGUACCCGAAAACGAAGAGAUGCCGAUCACCUCCACUGGGCCUUCUGCCGGUCCUCGGCCCAUCCUUCAACCCAUCUCUGCCGAAAGCGCAUCCAACGCCAACUUUUCGUCUGAAGCUGCUACACCGAUGAACGACACUUUUUUGAGCACUUUGGCGUUGGCGCCGGGUAUGCUGCAACGGCUGGAGCUGGCAGAAGAAAUGAGCAGCCAUGGCGGGACUGCCAGUGGGACCGCACCUGCGAGUGCGGCCGGAAGCGGGGAGAGCAGAACAGGAAGCCAAGACGGAAGCCGGAGGGUGAGCGAGGCGUCGGAUGGUAUUCGGGGCGAUAUAUACACAUGA